UCCAUCUGCAUGUCAGAGUGUCUGUCUGUAACUGUGUCUCUCUCUGUAACUGUCAAUUCAAAAAAGUUUUUUUGCAUGAAUGUCAACAUUGCCAAAGCUUCAAGUGAUAAUAUUAUUGAGAAAAAGAACAAGGUACAAUUAAUAAAAUCAAGAAAAUACCGUAAAGAGAAUGAACCCUGAAGUAGCUCUACCUCUUUAGUUGUGUGGUGCUGUUGUCAGGGGCAACUGUGGAUCAGUAGUAGAGCGGGGUCGUCCGCUAGUCCAUGUCGAUGUGUCCGUGGGCAAGACACUUAACCCUAAAUUACUCCUGCAGGCUGUUCCUGCGGUGUUUGAAUGAUUAGUUGGAGUCCUGAUGGACAGGUGGCACCUUGCAUGGUAGCUCCUGUCAUCAGUGUGUGAAUGGAUGUGAAUGGGUGAAUAACAUGUAGUGUUGAAGCACUUUGAGUGGUCAGAAGAAUAGAAAAGUGGUAUAUAAGUACAGUCCACUAGAUACCAUUAGUAUAUUUUUCCUCCAGCAUGUACCAUUGUAAAACUAGAAGAACUCCUUCACUGAGUACUGUCUGUACUGGCACCAGCCUUCAGUUCAGAGGGUUACAAUGCAGAUUUCUGAUGAAGCUAAUGUUUUGUUGUCAAGAAUAAACGGCCGUCCAGGGGACUAUGUGCGUAUCGCUGGAUGGAGACUGGAGGAGUGCCAUCCUAGUGGUUGUUUGACAGACCUCUUCAUCCAGAUGGCCGUUAUCAUGCUGCUCAAACAGACUCUCAACAACGUCUUUGAGUUCACUGGGCCCUGGCUUAAGAACUGUCUGAGCAGAAACGCUACAAAGAAGCUGCAGAGGAAGUGUGGUCAAUGUUACAGGAAGGCCUGCCGCAACAAUCAGGGACGUGUUGAACCGUGUGACAUCUGCAAACUUCGGGACUGGCUGCAUAAUUACCACCUGGCCGACACGGACGCCUUCAGUCUGUUCAAUGAGUUCUUGGAGAUGGUGGUCCAGUUCAGUUUCACCACCAUAUUUGUGGCAGCGUUCCCCCUCGCCCCCCUGCUGGCUCUCAUCAACAACAUCUUUGAGAUCCGCCUGGACGCUAUCAAGAUGGUCCGCCUGGAACGGCGGCUUGUUCCUAGGAAGACCAACGACAUCGGUGAGCUGUGUGUCUGUCACUAUAUUCUGUGUAGAGUGAGCUGCUACAGCGUACAUUCUGCAUAACUGAAUCAUUUCAAUAAUACAUUAGAACAGUGGCUGAAAAUAGCAGAACUCAACAUCAAUAUAAGAGCACUCCACAGAAAUCCGAAAGUGCUACAAUAAUAUGUAAUAAAACAUUUGAUAAAUAUAACAGAUAAAAACUCUUUAUCGGGCAGUGUGAAGAUAAUAACGGUUAAUUGUUAUGGUUUGUCCUGAUUGUCUGUUAGUCAACAAGACCGAGCAACAACCUACAGAUUGAAAUGACUUUGACAUUUGAUAGUAAAAAUACCAAAAUAUUACUAUUUAUAAACACUAGCUUUGUUCAGAACUCCUGAACAGUCUCAACAUUAAGACACUUUUUUCACCACUCACAAAAUGUACAAUAUAUUAUACAUAACAUAUUUAGAUGACUGCCAG